AAACACAACUCUGUAUCUCUACACUUCUUCUAUACACACAAGCCCUCCUCUUCCUUUGACAAAACUUCAACACUAUACUUUCAAGCAAUCUCUCUCUCUCUCUCUCUCUCUCCCCCUUAUAUUUAUAUAUACUCAAAGGGUUUUUUAAUUUUUUUAGAGAGAGAGAUGGAGGAGAGAGAUAGUGAUCAGGAUAACAAGCAUAAUGAUGAUGAUCAUGAUGAUUACGAAGCUGUUGACAUUGAGAGAUUAGUGAGAAAGGAGGGGAGAAGCAAUGCGUCGUCGUUUUUGGAGAGAGAGCCGCUGUUGCGGAGCAGAAAGAACAAUACUUCGCAGAUUGCUAUUGUUGGUGCUAAUGUUUAUCCUAUUGAGAGCCUUGAUUACGAGAUCGUUGAAAAUGAUUUAUUUAAGCAGGAUUGGAGGUCGAGAAAAAAGAUUCAGAUAUUUCAGUAUGUUGUGCUGAAAUGGACACUUGCAUGUCUCAUAGGAUUAAGUACAGGGCUUGUGGCUUUCUUUAAUAAUCUUGCAGUGGAAAACAUAGCGGGGUUUAAGCUUCUAAUGACUAGCAAUCUAAUGCUUGAAAACAGAUAUAUUAUGGCCUUUGUAACAUUUGCGGGUUGGAAUGUUGCUCUAGCAACUUGUGCUGCAGUCCUCUGUGCUUACAUUGCCCCAGCAGCAGCUGGGUCUGGCAUACCUGAAGUCAAGGCAUAUCUUAAUGGUGUCGAUGCGCAUUCCAUUUUAGCUCCAAGUACCCUCUUUGUGAAGAUUUUUGGUUCAAUCUUUGGGGUUGCCGCUGGAUUUGUUGUGGGUAAGGAAGGACCCAUGGUACACACGGGGGCUUGCAUAGCCAACUUACUUGGACAGGGUGGUUCCCGCAAAUACCAUUUGACAUGGAAAUGGCUUAGAUACUUCAAAAAUGACAGAGAUCGCAGGGAUUUAAUCACCUGUGGAGCAGCAGCUGGCGUGGCAGCUGCAUUUCGUGCCCCAGUUGGUGGAGUUCUCUUUGCUCUUGAAGAAGCAGCCUCAUGGUGGCGGAGUGCUCUUCUUUGGAGAACUUUCUUCACUACUGCUGUUGUAGCUGUGGUGCUGAGAUCUCUAAUGGUCUUCUGCCAGAGUGGAAAAUGUGGGCUAUUCGGGCAGGGGGGUCUUAUAAUGUUUGAUAUCAAUUCUGCUGUCGCUUCUUACACUGCUCCAGAUUUAGUUGCAGUAAUACUACUUGGAAUCAUUGGUGGAAUUUUUGGAAGUCUUUACAACUAUCUUGUCGACAAGGUCCUUCGUAUCUAUAGCAUCAUUAAUGAGAGAGGUCCAGCAUAUAAGGUCUUGCUCGUCAUCUCCAUUUCUCUUUUGACAUCUUGUUGUGCAUAUGGUCUCCCUUGGUUCACAGGGUGUGUUCCCUGUCCUGCAGGCCUGGAAGAACAAUGCCCGACAGUUGGUCGUUCUGGAAACUAUAAAAAUUUCCAAUGUCAACCAGGCCACUAUAAUGACCUUGCCUCCCUUUUCCUUAAUACCAAUGAUGAUGCAAUCCGCAACUUAUUUAGCUCUCGUGACGCACAUGAGUUCCACCUCUCUUCCCUCUCUUUAUUCUUUGGAGCUAUGUUCUGCCUUGGUAUUAUCACAUAUGGCAUAGCUAUACCUUCUGGGCUCUUCAUACCUGUCAUACUCGCUGGAGCCUCGUACGGGAGAGUUGUCGGGUCCAUCCUCGGCUCUAUAUCUGACCUUGAUAUUGGUCUCUUUGCCUUGCUUGGUGCUGCCUCCUUUCUUGGUGGCACAAUGAGAAUGACUGUAUCACUUUGUGUCAUACUUCUGGAGCUCACUAAUAAUCUACUGAUGCUUCCGCUAGUAAUGCUUGUUCUUCUCAUCUCAAAAACUGUCGCUGAUAGUUUCAACAAAGGCGUCUACGAUCAAAUUGUGAAGAUGAAGGGUUUGCCUUAUCUGGAAGCCCAUGCUGAACCCUACAUGAGGCAAUUGGUUGCAGGGGAUGUUGUUUCAGGCCCUUUAAUAACGUUUUCUGGUGUUGAGAAAGUGGGGAAUAUACUACAUUAUCUAGAGACGACCGGACAUCAUGGAUUCCCAGUCAUUGAUGAACCUCCUUUCACAGCUGCCCCAGAAUUGUGUGGUCUCGUUUUAAGGUCACACCUGCUUGUUUUGCUUAAAGGAAAGAGAUUUACGAAACAGAAGGUAUUGAGUGGAUCAGAUUUGUUAAGACGAUUUCAUGCAUAUGAUUUUGCAAAGGCUGGGUCAGGAAAGGGGCUUAAGCUGGAAGAUUUGGAUAUAAAACAAGAAGAAAUGGAUAUGUAUGUCGAUCUUCAUCCUAUUACAAAUACGUCACCAUACACAGUGAUAGAGACCAUGUCUCUUGCCAAAGCUGCAGUCCUCUUCCGGGAGGUUGGCCUUAGGCAUCUAUGUGUUGUACCAAAGACACCGGGGAGGCCACCUAUAGUUGGUAUCCUGACUCGACACGACUUUAUGGCAGAGCACAUCUUGGGACUGUACCCAGAUAUGAAACCCCAGAAGCAUGUCUAGUAAGGUUUAAGGAAUGCACACCCUAUUCUUUUGGUUGCCUCGGGGUUCGUAUGGUAACUAUGGUAUAUAUUAUAUUGGUGCCAAAAUUUGGAAAAAUAGUUGACAUCAGGAAGUUUUCAACUCUUUGUUUACAUUGUCUGUAUAUUGGAUCAAAUGCACUUCCAGGAUAUUUUUCUUGCUAGCAAUAUAGACUCAGGUUUAAAGAAU